AUGUCUGCGUCCGCAUCCAAUGGUGGUGAUGGCCAUAGCAUGCCGGAUGUCACCUAUGGCUUCAUUGGUCUUGGAAACAUGGGCUUUGGAAUGGCUAAGAACCUUAGAGCAAGGAUGCCCAUGCAAUCAAAGCUGGUAGUCUGCGAGCUGGACGAGAAGAAGACACAAGAUUUUGUAUCCUCGGUUGAAGGACUAGUUGAGACUGCAGAUACGCCACGAGAGUUGGCCGAGAAAAGUGAUGUCAUUGUGACAAGCUUGCCGCAUGCCAUGGCUGUGAAGCGUGUUUUCACAGAUCCAUCUAGCGGACUCUUAUCAGUGGCUGAUGCUUCUUCAGCGCGGCGAAAGUUCUUCCUCGAGACUUCUACAGUCGAAGUACGCAUGUCGAACGAAGUUCUGAAAGAAGUCGAGCGGUCAGGGUUGGGCGAUUUCAUCGACUGUCCAGUGUCUGGAGGCAUCCUUGCUGCGCAUCAAGGGAAUCUCUCAUUUAUGGUAGGUGGAAGUGAAGCGCUCUAUGAGCAGGCGAAGCCUAUUCUGGCAUCUAUGGGGAAAGAAGAUAACAUCAUCUUCUGUGGGCCACCGGGUGCUGGACUUGUGACCAAGCAGAUCAACAAUUACUGCGGUAACGUUGCAUAUAUCGCUCUUUGCGAAGGUAUGAAUGUCGGUGUCAAAUACGGUCUGGAUCCGAAGAUCCUAGCCAAUGCUAUCAACGUCGGCAGCGGAAUGAGCUGGAACUCGUUAAACAUGAACCCGAUCAAGGGAGUGCAACCGAACUCCUCGUCAUCCAAAGAUUUUGAGGGUGGGUUCAAAACGGAACUAGCCAAAGGGGUGAUGGACAUGACAGUGGAGUUGAUGGAUCAGCUCGGCGCAAAACACAUAAUGGGCGCCGUGGUCAAGGAUAUAUAUGCACGAGCAGUUCAGCACCCGAAAUGUGCUGAUAAAGAGUGCAGGAGUAUUUACAAGUUAAUUGCCGAGAAUGAUGGUAAGGAUUUGGGUGAGACGAAAGUUGUUUGA